AUGACACCAGCAGUCAUUGGAGACUCGGACGGAGACGAGUCAGACGUAGCUUCUUCUCCUAGGCGCGGCACACCAGCUGUCCGUCUGAAGGCUUCAUCGCCCACGGCGGCGACGCACCCAUCUGGUUCUACGGACUCGACCUUCUUCAAGAGUAUUUACAAUGAGCACCGGGACGCUGCAAAUCAGCAUAUGACGGAUCAAAUCGAAGAAAUCGCUGAAGUCAUGGACGCGUCAUCAUUCGACAAUGGCUUCCAGGAGACGAGAGGCACCGGCAUAUACGACAAGAGCCUCUGGGACGUCCCCAGCAGCCCAGAGCUUGCACAGCCCAAGUCGUCCAAGAAACAUGAUGGCUCGCUGAACGCCAGGACUAAAAUCACGAGGGGUUUGCGACGACGGCUAGAUGAUAUAGGAUAUGUUAGCCAGGAGGAUGAGCUCCCGGAGAUGACUGCACAAAGCAGGAAGAAGAGACGGGUGGAACGAGACACAGGCUCAGAUGACUUGGUUUCGACGGCGCCUAUUGAGAGCGAUGCGUCCUUCAUGAUGGCGCCUCCGGUAUUGACAAGUCAAAAGCAGCGGCAUGUGUCUGUUCACGACGGCGCGUUGGGCUCCGCGACAAAGCCUCUGGAGCAGCGCUGCGUCAACGUCAUGUCUAGUGGGACGGCUACUAAUAUCAAUACGCCGAGGUCAAAUGACGCGGUGUUAUCUGAGGCGACUCCCGAGAUAAGGGGCUCAGAGCCUGCUUCUCCCGCCCUGCCUAUACCGGUCUCAGAAACGAAACGGGGUACGGCAAAGGAACGGAACAGAAAAGAGUCCAAGAGGGUGGUUAUAGAUUCAGAUGACGAAAGUGAGGUGGGAGAUUAUUUGCCUCGGGAGGCUAGACAUGAUAGCCCGGACUUGGAAGAGAUGCCGAAGCCGGUGGAGAAAAAGAAGCAAAGAGGCCGUCCCAGGAAAACAGAUACGGCUGCACCAAAGGAGAAGGAAAAGGAAAAGGAAAAGGAAAGGGGAAAGGAUUCGGAAACAAAUGGCAAAAAGAAACGUGGGAGGCCGAAGAAAUCCGCGGCGGUGCUCAAGCUUGACAGCGACGAUGAAGUGCAAGAGAUUGCACCGGCUAUCCCUGAAUCUGCCCAUACGGAGCCGGGUAUAAAACCGCAACCAGAUGCAAAGGCGACACGCAUUGAGAAGUUGGGUCCAGAUGUUGCCGAGACGGAGAGCCGCGCAGCAGUCAAGCCAGUGACGAAAGAAACCCCCGGUACUCCUAUAUCCGAUACUAAAGUUGACACAGGCAUUUCCGCAGUACAGAAAACAGCGGGGAGAACACCAUCCACGUCAACGGGAGGGUUAGGACGUCCGUUGUACCGUGUCGGAUUGAGCAAGAAUACGAGAAUCGCGCCGCUGUUGAAAAUCAUCCGCAAAUGA